CUGCUAUAAUCCAUUACCAUCCCUCUUCCUUCCACCUUGUCACUCUCUCAUCUUUCUACUUUUCUCAUCUUCCCACCUUACACUCUCUCUGCCUCUCCGUCUCCAACUCCAGUCUUGAAUCCUCACCACCACAACUGUCAUAAGAACCUACCUACCGUACCUCGACACGAAACCACACACAACAUGGGCUACACCCACUACUUCCACGUGAACUCCGGCAGCGAAGGCUGGGCGGCGAUCUGGCCGCGCCUGAUCGCCGACACGCAGACCAUCAUCGCCGCCGCGGGCGUUCCGCUAACCGGGCCUCCUGAGUACCACCCCAACGGGUACGAGAUGAGCACGCCCCCGAUCGUGUCCGUGGACGAGGGGAUCGACCUCAACGGGGUGGGCAAGAACGGGCACGAGCCGCUGGUGAUCGGCGUCAAGGAAGACGGGUCUUUCAACUUCGUGAAGACCGCCCGCAAGCCCUUUGACAAGGUGGUGGCGUGUGUGCUGCUUCGGGCUGCGAUGCUGGCGCCUCAGGCGGUGGAUGUCAGUUCUGAUGGCUAUUGGGAUGAUGAUCAGGAGUGGAUCGCUGCCAGGGCGCUCUACCAGCGGCUGUGGCCGCUGGACGAGAUUCACUGUCCGUGGAAGGAAGAGGACGGGCCCGAGGAGAUUGUCGACAACCCCGGCGGCGGCGGCACUGGCUGUGCCCAGCAAUAGAGGAGAACCAAACCAUGGAGAGGUGGGAAUCCGGGUUCUUGUAACGUCGAGCGCCUCUCGUGCGGUCGUGUUCUCCUGCUCUGGACGGGUCGUGCUUCUGGUUUGAAUGGUCUUGACUUCCGCUUCGUGGCCAGGCUGUGUCUCUCGGGAUGGGGAACAGAUAACUUUAGUCGCGUCAUCUUAUG